AUGUUUGGUAGAAGAGUAGCUAUAUCAGGUCACAGAUUUUUAUCGAGGAUGAUUAGUGCUAAGGGGAAACCAGAGGCUGCCAAGAUUGUUCAAAAGAGUCAAGUUAAGGAUACUAGUGAAUGCAAAUGGAUUGGUUUGGAGAAGAUCACGUACAAAGAUCCGAAUGGUAAUGAGCGGGUGUGGGACUCCGCUGUGCGUAUGACCAGAAGCACAGGUGAGAUAGAUGGUAUUGGUAUCCUUGCGAUUUUGAAGUUCCCUGAUGGCAAACCAGACGAAAUUGUGUUACAGAAGCAGUUUAGACCACCUGUUGAAGGUGUAUGCAUUGAGAUGCCUGCUGGUUUGAUUGAUGCCAAUGAGGAUAUCGACACCGCUGCUUUAAGGGAGCUAAGAGAAGAAACUGGUUACAUUGGUAAAAUUGUUAAUAAGAGUCCCGUGAUUUUCAAUGAUCCAGGUUUUACAAACACAAAUCUAUGCCUCGUGACAGCAGAAAUUGACAUGAGUCUCCCAGAGAAUCAAAAUCCUGUCACAGAAUUAGAAGAGAACGAGUUCAUAGAAUGCUUUAGUGUUCCACUUAAGGAGUUUCCCGAAAAAAUGAUCGAGCUUGAUAGCCAAGGUUAUAAGUUAGAUGCGCGUGUCCAGAAUGUGGCACAAGGGAUAAUCUUGGCCAAUCAAUUUAACAUUAGCCAAUAA